GCGAAAAAUCGUCACUUCCGGCUGGACACGCAUGUUUCUAAUUUUUUGAAACGGUUUUCAUACGUUUUUCGUUGUCUCGGUCUGCACUGUUAUAACUGAACAAACAUGAGCAAAGCACAUCCACCAGAGUUGAAGAAGUUUAUGGACAAGAAACUGUCACUAAAGCUGAAUGGUGGUCGACAUGUCCAAGGCAUCUUGCGAGGAUUUGAUCCAUUCAUGAAUCUCGUGGUGGAUGACUGCUUAGAAAUGUCCCCAGGGGGACAACAGAAUGCCAUUGGCAUGGUGGUCAUCAGAGGUAACAGUAUAAUCAUGCUGGAGGCUCUUGAGAGAGUAUGAGGAUGGAUCCCCCCUUGUCUCCCCUAAUCUACACCUCCUUCCCUGAUGCAAGAUGGCUUUAGUUUUGUUAUUAAAGAAUGGAAAACUUCUGAAAACCCUGCUAUGUAUGAGUGAUAAGGUGCUGUUUUUAGGCACCUUAAUUGAUCAGUCUUAGUUUCUGCCUUUUUUAUGGUGAUAACUUUAGAAAUGUGUGUACCACUCAACCCAUUUGUCAAUAAAUUGAAGGUGAAUUUUGA